AUGCGGCACCUUCUCUUCCUUCUAGGAUUCCUCUUCUCGGACCUUGUCUUCGCAAAAGGUUUUUAUUUUAUCCGAAAGUUGAAAAGGAGUCAAUUUCCCAAAUUUUCGCUGUAAAUUAUUAAUGAUCUUCAUAUUUAAGAAUGCAUCAAAUAGAACCUGAAAAAUAAGAGAGAAACUAAUCAAAAAGGAAACUGGAAUCGUCAAGAAAAUUUUUUUGUUUUCGCGCGCAAACCCCGGUCUCGCGUCAAAGGUGCGCUGUGGAGAAUUUGAGCAAUCAGUUUUUUUUUUUCAAUUUUCUUUUUGCUGUUUUUAUUUUCUUUUCAUGGUCGUUUCAAAGUUUUCUGAAGCCAAAGCGAGCUUUUCAUCAGAAAUAUGGGGAAAAAGUAUUCGGAACUCUCGAAAAUUUUCGAUCUUUCCUGUUUGGGCUUUUUUUCUACUCAUUGUCAAACUUUUUUUCAAAAAUAUUCAUUGAAAAAUUUUUUUGUUAAGUUUUGCGGAUUAACCUUCGUUAAAAAAAUUUGUGUUCAAUUAUUAUUGUUGUUUAUUUUGAUAAUAUUAACUUUCUUUCAUUCAUUUCACAGGGAAAAAAACGCUUUUCAAAAAGAAAAAAGGGGUUAGAAAAAUCAUAAAUAAAAGGGAAAUUUGUCCCACAAUAGGACAUUUCCAUUGUAAAACUUUUUCACAAAGGAACAAAUUUACAAAGAAACCUGAAUAAGAAAUUUCGACGUUUUACUUUCUUGAACUUUUUUCAGUCAUUUUAGAGUUAGAAAAGACGCAUUCCGAAAAAACUGAAAUCCGUUUGGUUCAAAAAAACAAAAAUGAAUGGAGAUUUGUCCCACAGUAGGGCAUUCUCAUCGCAAAACUCUUCAACAAAGCAAAAUUAUUUUAUAGAACUCGGAAAAAAAUUGUUUUGAUCAAGAAUCUUUAAGAAUGCGACGUAAAUCCAUGCUCCCGGGACGUCAUCGUCGUCGUCGACGGCUCCACGGCCAUGCAAACGACGACCUAUGUUUCUGAAGUUUUUCUCAAACGAAAAAUCAAGAAAAAUGAUUAAAAUUGAAGCAAAUACGAAUGGUUUUGAAGUUUCUCAAUGGCUGGACCUUAUCCGAAACUGGGGCUAGAGUGGCCCUUGUAGGGGCUUAUUUUGGUAAUGAGUUUCUCGGUGGCGAUUAUUAUACCGACAGGUUUAAUUUAUUCACUUGAAAUUGAAAAAUCAAAAAAAAUUUCAGUAGCCUCAUGGAAAAAAACGUCUCAGUCAAUUUCGUGCAAUGUCGACACAAUAUGGAGUUUUCAAAGGGGAUUUCGACACGUAAGUUUUUUUCCCGAAGAGUACUGUAUGUGAAAGUCCGCGGCGUGUCGAUAAUCUAAUAAAAUUAUUCACAGUUGAAUCAAUUAUUCAUUCUAACUUAUUAUAAGAAAAAAUAUCGAAAUUUAAACAAACGGAAAAAAAAAAUCGCAAAGGUCCAUUAAAAGUGUGCACACACCCACGUACAAAGUGCGGAUUUUUACAUACAGUACUUUUCGAAAAUAUCGCUGUUGACGUAACAAUGAAACCCGUGAAAAAUACGUUUCACGUGUUGUUCAAAAAAAGAAAAAUCGAUUUGCUAACCGUUUCCAAGCUUUACCGACUGCAGUGAACCAAAAAUAUGCGAAAUAGUGGAAAAUUUAAAUAAAAGGAGGAUUCUGUGUAUUAUCAGUUUUCCGCAUUUUCAGUAUAUUUCCCAUAAUUUUUUUGAAUUUUUGAAUCUUUUAAUUGAUAUUCAGAUUUUUUUUAAGAGUUCUCUUCGUGGGCUUUUUGUAGUACAUCACUUAAAAACGGAAGUAUUGAUCGAAUUUUAUUCAAAACGAACAAAACGAUUUUUUCAUCAAUUCUCAUGAAAUUUCAGCGUCUAACCUUUUUUCAGGUUUUUGAAAAGAAAUACGCUGAAUUUUCGUGAAGUGCUCUAAAAAACCGGUUCGGUGGUCAAUUCUUAAGCUAAAAAUUGACAAAAAUCGUAGAUUUGAACUUUUUGAAUUUUUUUCAGUUUUGAGGGUUUUUUUCAAGUAUCAGAUGAAGAUCCCGAAAUUCUCAUCUUUCUCAACUUCCUAUUUUUUUCGAAAAAAAGAGUACCUUAAAAAUCAAAGAAAAAAACUGAAUAUUCUUGAAAAAUAGGCCCUUACUUCUCGAAAAAUAGAAAAUUUUGCAAGUUGAAACCUUCAGGAUUUUUUUGGUACAUCGAGAAAUAUUCUGGACAAUAAUUCGUGAAUAAUAGGUUGAUAGAAAUAUUCCAGAACGACCCGAUUUAUUGAUGAACGCUACGUUUAUGGCACGGCCUACGGUACGCGUCUCAACACGAUGAAACGGAUUAUCAUCUUCACCGCCAUGAAGUAUCGAUUCUUCAUAAAUCGAUAAUAAUAAUCGUUUUCCAAGUGAUCCCGCCGACAUUGUGCGCUCCGCCGCUCGGAUGCAGAAAUUCAAAGAUUCUGGUUUUCAAGUCUCGAUCGUCGGAAUCGGCUCGUCCGAGUCAUCGUUUUCCGGCGUCCCUUAUCACAAGGUGACUUGCCGAUAAUCUGGUCAACAAACUGAUUUCGAAAAGUUCUCGAGAAUGCUUUUUUUUUUAAAGUUUCAUGAUCGAAUUCUUCAGAUUUUCAAUCUUCUUGAAGUUUCAGAGAGCAAAAGAUUUGGGACUUUUAAGAGCAUUUUUUGAAACUUUCAAAAGAAAUCUUCGUCUAAGAACGUCUUGGUCGCAUUUGGAAUGACUUGAAGCGUCGCAGUUGGAAAGCUAGUUGAUAUUCAAGCGCGCAAACCGUUUUGGGUCGGUCGCGUUUUUGAGUGGAAUUUUAAAGGAGCAAACCACUUCGAGUCCGCCGAGCCUUGGAUUCGAUAUUAAAACGCGCAAACCGUUUCGGGUCGGUUGCGCCUUGGGAUUUUAAAGUUGAUGUGAAAACCGUUUUGGGUCGGCCGCGUCUUGAAUUUGAUGUUCAAAUGCGCAAACCGUUUAGGGUCGGUCGCGUCUUGAAGCUUUUUUUAUUUUUUUGACUCUACGCCUCGAGCCAUUCCAAAUGUAACCAUGCGAAUCAAAAUUAAGAAAAAAUCGUCAGAUCUUAUCAAUUCAAUCAAAUCAUUCAUCCUUCAAUUCGUUCAAUUUUUUUAAAUUUUUCAGAUUUUUCAGAUUUUAACAAUUUCUAAGAAACCAUUAGAAAAAAAUUCAAAUCUGGCUAAUUUCCUUCUUUUUUUCUGACUUUCGGGAGGCUUUUUAAAUUUUUUUCAGACAACAAAAAAGAAACAAAUGAUCAAUUUUUUUGUCAUUUUUUUGAAGGUUUUAAUUUUUUUAAAUCAGAACCUUUAAUAUAUUUUUUUAAAUCGAAUCAUUAAGUUCUUCGGUAUCCCGUUUGUGAAUUUGGACUCGCCGAGCGACUCGUUCAUCAAUUUGAUCAUCAACGACGGCGUCUGCUUCUGGGAUGGUGAUGAAAUCUGAUUUCCAAUGGAUAAUUGAAAAAUAUAGACAACUUCCCGAAAACGACGCCUCACAACUGCCCGACCAGACAAACGACAACAAUCAAGACCACGACGCGUGGAAAAGGGCCUACUGUAGCUGGAACCACCAAGACUACGGUAUGGGUGUACUGUAGUUAGAGAGAGAGAGAGAGCUUCCAGAAAGGACUUUUUCACAUUUUUUUGAGCUCUCGAGCCAUUUAUCCUUUUCAAAUUCACGAAAUUAGAAAUUUUCCCCCGAAAACUACAAAAAAUAGGAUCACCAAAACUACGGUAUGGGUGUACUGUAGGAAGAGAGGGCUUUUAGAAUAGAUUUUUUUUCCCUCCAUUUUUGAGCUUUUGAGCCAUUUUUCGUUUUAAAAUGGCCAGGGAAGAUCAAAAUUCAUGAAAUUAAGAUUUUUUUUUUCUAAAAAUAGUAAAAAUGGUAGUACCAAGCUUACGGUAUGGGAAUACUGUAGUUAGAGGGGGAUUUUAGAAAAAUUUUUUUUCUCAAUUUUUUUUUAGUCUUCUAGUCAUUUUUCAUGUUAAAAAUUGAGGAAAAAUGUUUUUCCCCUAAAACUAAAAAUGGUUAUUACAAGGCUACGGUAUGGGUAUACUGUAGAACGCUUCAAAAUAGAAAAUUUAUCCUUUUUUCUGAGUUUUCAUUCAAAAAUCGCCAAGGAAGGCUAAAGGCUAUAAGAAUAUUAUAUAAAAAAUUCAAAAUCGAGUUUUUUUUCUGUUAUUUUCUAGACCGAGUAGUCAUUUUCAUUUUUUUUUUGUUUAUAGUCUUUUUUUUUAAAUUCAAUUUGGUAUAGUCCGUUCACCGCGACUUGAAUAUUUUUGCCUGUCUGCGUCUCUCUGUUCCCUCACCGGUGAGGUCAGAGAAACAGGAAAGCAUCAUGUAAAUAUGAGAGGGCGCAGAGAAAAAAAGCAGUUUCAGGUCGCGUAAAAUAUAGUUUGUUCAGAUUUUUAAUGUCAAGUGCAAUGACGUCAUUCAAAAACACUGUGUGGAUGGCUCGCUCUCUGAUUGGUUUAUCGCACCAUUAGGGGGCGGAGCUUGAGCGACGACUUGACAUUCAAAAUCUGAACAGACAAUACCACUUUUGGAAAAUCAAUAGUCAAAUAAUCAAUUCUCCAGACCCGAGCCCCACCAACCCAUCCGCCUUUCCCUGUCGGCGAUUACCGGGACUGCGGCUGCAAUCUUCAAGAUCUUUUUGUGAUUAAAACUCGAAAAGAAAUCAAUAAAUCAAUUUUUCUCAAAGAUCGACAUCGUUUUCCUGGUCGACAACUCGUUGGCGAUGGGCGACGGUCUGCAGAUGAUCAAAGCCGAAAUCAAUUCCCUGGUGGCGACAAUGUCUUUGGAUCCGCAAAGGAAAAAACACGCCCAAGUCGGCAUCAUCACCUAUAAUAAUGAGGCAAAGGUGGAGAGAAACACAUUUUUUCAAGAAAAAGACGUUUUUGAGAAUUUUUUUCGUAGCUGUCCACUUAAGAACUGGGAAAAUGUUUAAUGGCCACUAUAGGGUUUGGACGUUUUAGUGGCCACUUUAGUAGUCAAAUUAGUGGCUACUUAAGGGGUUAGAAAUUAGUGACCACUAUAGAGGUCGAAGUGCUACUACUAGACCACUAAAAAUUAGAGUGGCCACUUUAGGGGUCAAUGGAUCAAAAUAACUGGCCCAAUCUGUUUGUUUUGAAAUUAUCAGAGUUACUGGAAGGAAUACUGGAUGAAAAACUACUAAAGGGGCCACUAAAACGAAAAAUAGUUUUCCCAGAAAGGUGUUUUUUAUCUCAAAAAAUCGUAAUAACUCGUUUUAAAGUUUUUUUCACAUGUUGAGUUCAGGCUUUUUUUUCUUACUGUUUUUCCAGACAUCUGGAGAAAAUUUUUAGUAGCCACAUUAGGGAUUAUACGGUAAGUGGCUACUGAAGUGGUCGAAUUAAUGGUCACUUAAGGGGCGAAAGUUUAGUUGCCUCUUCAGAAGUCUAAGUAGUACUACUAGACCACUGGAAGUUUCAUUUAUCACGCAAAAUACCUGGGAAUAAUUCUAGUGGUCACUUAAGAGGUUUUUCAAGGAGGACUUGAAUAGGGCACUGAAGUGGCAACUAUAAAAGUUCUAAGUGGUCUAAUAAAAUUCUAAAGAGAACUCUCAAGUGCCCACUAAUUCGGCCGCUAUAGGGGUCACUUAAACGUCACAAACCUAAAGUGGUUACAAAAUAUUUUCCAAGCUCUAUAGGGAUGGUUUCAGUGGCCACUUUAGUGUCCUCUCCACGGAGGUUUGAGGAACCUCUUAAGUGGCCACUAGAGUUUUCCACUCUUCAGUUUGAAACUGAGGGAUUUUAGGUCGUAUUCGAGCCAUCGGCCUACACGGACGAAGACGAAUUCACGGAAGAUCUCUGGGAAACUCCACUUCUUCAACAAGCUUCCGACAUCCUCGAAGUCAACCUCCAAGCGUAAUAUUUCAUUUCUGAAGCCAUUUGGAAUUUUCCUAAGAAGUAACGUUCAUUUUUCACUUUCCAGAGGCCUGAUCGAAGCUGGAAAGAUGAUCGGACAAAUGCGGGUCGGCGUCAAAAAGACGAUCGUUAUUUAUGCUUCUGCCUACAAGUGAUUGUUCUCUUUUUUCGGAUAAUAUAGAGUUUUCAGCGAUGAAGACAAUGAUCCGAAACAAGCGGCCGCGCAGUUGAAGGAAGGCGGCGUCGAGAUUAUCACCGUCGCUUUCGUUCAGGUUUGUCAGGACCGCAAUGUGCCCUGGGCCUACCCGACCCGCGGAGCGGUUAUAUUUUAGGUGGCCCUAUAGGGGUUAUGGGAAAGAACGGCCCUUAUAGGCAUAAAUUAAGGUGCCCCCCCUCUCCUUUUGAAACUCAAGUGGUCACUAUAGGGGUCUUUUAACUCCAUUCGAAAAACGCCUAAUUAUCUAGUUGUUUGCAUGUAAACGCUUUGAGCAGCAUGUCCCUUAUAGGGCCACUAAAUAAAAUUCCUUCAGGGACCGCUUUUGCAGCUUUAGAGGCCCCUAUAGGGGUACCUCCUAAUGCCUCUCAGAUUGCCCCUAUAGGGACCCUUUUCAGAACCGCAACGUGCCCCGCGCCGACCCGACCCGCGGAGAGGUUAUAUCUUAGGUGGCCCUAUAGGGGUUAAAGGAAAAAACAGCCCUUAUAGGCGUAAAUUAAGGUGGUUUCCUUCAAAGCUUAAGUGGCCCUUAUAGGGGUCUUUUAACUUCAUUCGCAAAACGCUCAAUUAUUCAGUUGUCCGCAAGUAAACACUUUGAGAAGCAUGUCCCUUACAGGGGCCCUCCAGGGACCGCUUUCGCAGCUUUAGUGGCCCUUAUAGGGGUAGGUAAAACGGGCCCAUCAGAUAAAAGAGCCAUUUUUCCUUCAUUUUCCCCCAGCUUCAGACCCGGGCUUGAGGCCACAGUUUUUUUUUCAAGUUUUCAAGUUUAUCGAAAAAGUUUUUCUUUGUUAUCAUUUCAGUGAGAAAAGAACGAAAAACGUGAUUUUUUUCUUUGAAAAUCAUGAUAUUUACCUUGAACUAAAAUUGCGCUUUUCGGGUCGGGCCACCCGUUGCUUAACGCCGGGCCGUGUCGGGCUUGAAAGUUGGCCGGGGGACCGAUAGACGGACGGGCCGGCCCUGAAGAAAAAAACCUGGGGACGGUCCCGAGCGCACUUUAAAUUUCGGGCGUCUACAGCCCUGGAAAUUUACACAAAAAGAUGAAUUUCGGGUCAAUUAUAGCCCCAAGAAACGACUCUGGUAUUGAAAAUGGGCGAACUGGCGAGCCCCCGAAUGAACUUCACUUCGUAUCGAGAUCGACUUCUUGUCGAAGAGCUGGAGGACGCUUUUUGCCAAGGUAUGAGAGGGGUAAAUAUAUGAAAAAGAUUUCAAAGUGCUUCCGAAAGAUUCAGAUUAGCCUUCAGAGGGGAAAAAGAUAACUAAAUUUUAGAAAGAAAUUUGUAGAAAUUACUUCAAUCAGUCAACAAGCUCAUCACUAGAAAAAAAUUUCUCUUCGUGGUUUUUUGAAACCUGAAACAGUGAAAAAUUCGGUUUAAAAAAACUUUCACUUUUCUUAGUGUUCAUUUUUUUCAUUUCAAGAUUGGUUUAAAAACAAAUUAUUAUUUUUCAACUUACAAGGUUUUUCAUGUUUCAGUAAAUUGUUAUUGCCCAAUCGGCUGGUCCCAACUUGUCCUCAACGAUCGAAAAUACGGCGAGUGUUAUUUCGAAACGAUGAUUGACGCCAAUUGGAAGGCUGCCAGGUGAUUUCGAAGAAAAAGUUGAAAAAAAGAAGUUUUUCGCGCUUUUUUUGUGCAAUUUAUUGUAGUUUGAUUACUUGGCUUUGCAACUUUUUUCCGAUUCUUGAAUAUUUUAACUCUAUGAAUAAUUCCCGAGAUAAACGCGAUAUCGCUUUCGGUACUUUGACGACAUCGCAGAAGUGAAUUUUUUUUAGCCGUGGUGGUCUUGCGUCUUCCUUGACGCGACAUCGUAUUUUCCUCGACGCGAAAUCGCAUUUUCCUUGACGCGAUAUUGCACUUUCCUUGACAUGAUAUCGCAUUUUCCUUGACAUGAUAUCCCAUUUUCCUUGACGCGAUAUCGCACUUUCCUUGACGUGAUAUCGCAUUUUCCUUUACAAGAUAUCCCAUUUUCCUUGAUGCGAUAUCGAAUUUUCCUAGGCGCGAUAUGUUCCUUGACGCGGUAUCGCGUUUUCCUUGACGCGAUAUCGCAUUUCCCUUGACGCGAUAUCGCAUUUUUGAAAUGUUGAACAUUUUCUUGAGUAGGGAGAAACGCGAUGUCGCGCCGGGAAAACUUGAGUCUGGCGCUUUCAAUUUACGUCAUUCCUUCAAUGUAUCGCCAGCGAUAUCGCUAUUCUCGCACUAGGGAAAGUUUCAUAAAAAAAUAUUUUCCAGACCAGAAUGCGGCUUGUUGGGCCACAGUGGAAGUGGCCAUUUGGUCUACAUAAAUUCGGGACUCAAGCAGAAAUUCCUCAACGAUUUCGCCGUCAAAAAGUGGACCGAAGGGGCUAAGGUACUCAUUUCUUUGAACUAUGGCCAGGUUUCCCAACGGGUGUACCCGUUAUAAACCCUUGUUUAUUGAGCGUCUCUGUUGGGCGGUAGAGCCGCGGGCGUAAGAAGAAAUAGGUGACCCAGCUGUGUUAUUUUCUAAAAUCUCUGAGAACAAACCAAAAAUUCGCCUCUACUUCGAAGCCACCUUCAACAACACAAUGUAAACACCUCAGUUGUGGCAAAAAAAAGCCUAUAAAAGACGGGUACACCCGCUGGGAGCCCGUGUUAGCGCGGCAGCAUGAGAGAAUUGCUUUUAAAUAAGAAAUUCGAAAUUUGCAGGAAAGACCGAACUACGACAUCGGCCUCUACUUCAACGCCACCUUCAACAAGUACGUCUGGGUCAACGGCGUGACGGUAGACUUUUUUUUUGCCCUCAAAGGCAUAUGGGCAGUAAAAAACGGGGUUUCAGUUGAAAGCAGUAUCUUGUAUAGUUUUUCUUUGCGAAUCGAAUGUUGUACUAAAAAAAUUUCCAGAUGUGACUAUUUUAGAAGAAAAACGCGAUUUUACUUUCAAGCCUUUAAUUUUGAAAAAUUCUUUGGAUCGGUAUGCAGACAACUGUUUACAGUAGCCGUGCACGCGAUUUUGCGGACAUCUCAUUAAACUUGCAUUUUGGGAGAAAUAACCCGAUUUCUGCUUCAAAUUAAGGGUUUCUUCUCUGAAAAAUCGAUUAAGAAAACAGAAAAGACACAUUGAUAAUAAAGAAAACACAAAUAAUCGUUAUCCCUAUCGAAACCUGUGUGAAAUCAUCAUUUUUCACCAUUUCUUUUUUACCAUUUUGCGAACAAAGCAACUUUCUUAUGAAUAGAAACUUUCAAGGACGAAAAGAACUUUAGUGACAAAAGAAAAAAUUAAAAAUUGAAAGAAACGAAGAAAAAAGCGGAAAAUUCGGAAAAUGGCGAAGCCUGUUGUCCAUAGAGCAACUUUACUGCAAAACGCCCUUUUUGGCGGGAACUCAAGCUUUCCUUUCUCCGACUUGAAAUCAUUUUUUCUCCAAAACUAGGAAGUUCUGUACGUUUUAAAAUUUACCGUUCGAUUCGCAAUGAAAAGCUCUACAAAGUACUGCUUUGAACUGAAACACCGUUUUUUUAACUGCCCCUGUGCCUUUAAGAAUUUCCUGAAAGCUGACCAGAAGCCUCCUUGAUGUAUCAGAUCUUCAAAAUUCUCGAAAUUUAGAAAGUUGAGACUUUCAGAUUUUUCUGGUACAUCAAGCAGUCGGCCAAAUUUCAGGAAAUUCCAAACUUUGCCCCUUGUUAAAGCCUCCACUCAAGUAGCCACUUUAGAUCCCCUUCUCGUAUUAUAGCAAUUUUGAUUUCUCAAGGAACGUUCCUUGUUCAAGGACCCUCCCUACUUCAAUUGGGCCAUUAACGAGCCCAACUCUGCCACUGGCGAAUGUGUCAAAGCCGUUCUGAAAGACGACAACUCGUUCGCCUGGGAGACGGUCAACUGCGUCACGGACAACAGUCGCGGCCUUUGCCAGGAAAUGACCUGCGACACGGAUUUCUACUGCGAUGGGUUCGAAAUCUAA